AUGGCCGGCUUCUAUAUGCAAUAUCUCGAGAGUUUAUGCCGACGAAGAGGGUGGCAAGACCCUACUUACGAAUGCUACCGUGAUUCGAAUGGCUACACUUGCCUGGUUUUGGUCAACGGUCGCGAGUACCAAACAGAUCUCACAUACGAAUCGGAUGGCCUCGCUCAGGAGAACGCCGCCAUGAGAGCCUUCAUGGUGUGCCGGAACUUUUCUGUCAAUGGUGGGAUGCUCGCCCGCAAUGGGAUUGUGCAGGGCCUUCCUGCCACCGACUCUGGCAAGCACUCGCGUUCCAAGAAGACGCGCCACCACAGCUCGUCCAGCGGCCACAGGAGCCACGGCAGCCACAGGAGUGGACAUCACUCGAGCAGCAGCUCUACCGCCUCCUUUGAUUGA